ACAUGUCCGGCAAAGGCAACGCGGGCCCCCACCUGAGCGGCUUCCCCAUGCCGCCCUACUCCUACUUCUUCCCCCACGUCCUGGGGGGGCUCUCCCCGCCCCCCCUGCCGGGGCUGAGCGUCAGCGGCUACAGCACCCCCUCGCCUGCAACCAUAGAAACGCAGAGCACCAGUUCGGAGGAGAUCGUCCCCAGCCCCCCCUCGCCUCCCCCUCCCCCCCGGGUCUACAAGCCCUGCUUCGUGUGCCAGGACAAGUCGUCGGGCUACCACUACGGGGUCAGCGCCUGCGAGGGCUGCAAGGGCUUCUUCCGAAGGAGCAUCCAGAAGAACAUGGUGUACACGUGUCACCGGGAGAAGAACUGCAUCAUCAACAAGGUGACCCGCAACCGCUGCCAGUACUGCCGGCUGCAGAAGUGCCUGGAGGUGGGGAUGUCCAAGGAGUCCGUGCGGAACGACCGGAACAAGAAGAAGAAGGAGGAGAAGAAGCCGGAGUGCGCGGAGAGCCACGCGCUCAGCCCGGCCACCGAGCAGAUGAUCGAGAGGGUGCGCAAGGCCCACCAGGAGACCUUCCCCUCGCUCUGCCAGCUGGGGAAAUACACUACAAACAACAGCUCGGACCAGCGCGUGGCGCUGGACGUGGACCUCUGGGACAAGUUCAGCGAGCUGUCCACCAAGUGCAUCAUCAAGACGGUGGAGUUCGCCAAGCAGCUGCCCGGCUUCACCACGCUCACCAUCGCCGACCAGAUCACCCUGCUGAAGGCCGCCUGCCUGGACAUCCUGAUCCUGCGGAUCUGCACGCGCUACACGCCCGAGCAGGACACCAUGACCUUCUCGGACGGCCUGACGCUCAACCGCACGCAGAUGCACAACGCCGGCUUCGGGCCGCUCACCGACCUGGUCUUCGCCUUCGCCAACCAGCUGCUGCCGCUGGAGAUGGACGACGCGGAGACCGGCCUCCUCAGCGCCAUCUGUCUGCUCUGCGGAGACCGGCAGGACCUGGAGCAGUCGGAGAAGGUGGACGUGCUGCAGGAGCCUCUGCUGGAGGCGCUCAAGAUCUACGUGAGGAAUCGGCGGCCGCACAAGCCGCACAUGUUCCCCAAGAUGCUGAUGAAGAUCACAGACCUGCGGAGCAUCAGCGCCAAGGGAGCGGAGCGGGUGAUCACCCUGAAGAUGGAGAUCCCGGGCUCCAUGCCCCCGCUCAUCCAGGAGAUGCUGGAGAACUCUGAGGGCAUUGAGAGCCAGGGGGCGGCGGGGGCGGCGGCUCGGACCAGCGGGCCCCCCCCCGGGAGCUGCAGCCCCAGCCUGUCGCCCAGCUCCGCCCAAAGCAGCCCGGUCACGCAGUCGCCGUAGCGACGCCCGACUCGGCCCCCUCCCACUCGCCCUGGACAGCGCCGUCUCCAGGAAGCACCACUGUGUUCCCCACGCCCCCCCCCCUCACCCCCCCUGAAACUCUCGCAAAGUCCUCAAAGGCGUGGCCUCAAAUUAACGAGGUCUCCUUUGGGGGGGGUUUACCCUCUAAAAAAAAUAUACAGUAACACUGCUGAAUUUCUAGACUUUCCACCCCCCACCACAAAGCUUAAGACUUACAAAAGCAACUGGAGCCGUCCCAGGCCAAGAUGUGGAAACUGUUGACAUGGCAGGGACAGGCGGAAAGGGGAUGGACGGACAGCCGGACAGACAGGCUGACGGACAGACAGACACUGGACACUGGUCCGUCCUCUGUGCCCGCCUACAGCCAGGACUGAACAAAGACCACGGACAAUGGGUCUUUUCUUGUUUUGGGGGGUAUUUUUUUUGUUUUUUGUUUUUUUCUUUUUCAACUUUGAGACAGAUUUUUUCUUACGAAAGAUAUAUAAAUAUAUAUAAAAAAUAAGGAAUGACUGAGAUUUUGAAUUGUCCGAGACGGAAUAUGACAUCGGAUGGAAUGACAUUUGAUGGAACAUUUUUUUGAAAAGUUUUCUCACUGUUUCCGAGAUUAGAUGCAAUUGUUUUUUUUCCUCCACUGUUUUAAUCCUUUCAUAACCAGUGAUUAUUAACAGAGAAAUGUCCAGCUGGCAUUGUUUUAUUGGAGCAAAGGAAAUCAGUGCAUUAAAGAUGUUUAAAAUACAAAUGUAAUUUUCACAUGUGCACAGGGGAAAAAAAAGAAUGGGAUAAAAUAUAUGAUUACACAAACUGUUCCAGGUUGGGUUAACUUUUUCUUCUAGGAGGUAUUGAAAAGAAGAUCAUCUUUAACCGGUCGUACGUAAAGGUAACAGGCUCUUGGCGAGAAAAAAAAUAAACAAUGAAGAGUAUCUUUAUUAAGGUGUAUUUUAAGUAGCUUCAGAUCAUGUAUAUAUGCUGUAUUCAUUUCUUUAAACUAUGAAGAGUUUAGCCUUCACUUGAUUUUAUUUUAUUUUUUUAAAUACUUUUUUUUUUUUGUGUUUUGUUUUUAGCUUUUGUUUAAGAAAGUCAUUUUACUGCACAUUUUACUGAAGGAAAUCGCAUUGUUGUACUGUGUAGGCCAUUCAGAUAUAAGGGACAGACCUAUAGAAAUCACCACAGGGGACAACCGUCACUGUUUACAGACCCAAGAGAACAACCCAUGUUCACUUCACCCUGAAAUCAUUUUUUUUUUUUAAAGAAAAAGGUGGGCACGGAUAGGCGGAGGGCGCUGUCACUCAGACGAGAACGCUUGGUUUCCACGUCCGUCUUGUCACACGUGUCUCGGGCAGGAGGUGAGUUUUGGGGUAGGGGCUGAGUCGCGCGUUUCCGAUGGAUGGGCAGCGAUGGGAAAGAGAGAGGGUGAGGAAAUAAAAGCUGUGCUUCUCUUCCACUCGCUCCACACAUCCGUGGGGGGCCAGAGGAGUCCUUCGGGCGUUCGGCUUCUUUUAAUUCGCCUACGCGCCGAGCGCAGCUGGAACCGGUGCGUUCCGCAGAGGAGGAAGAUCGGAGACGUGCCGCGUCGCCUGUGCGGUUCACGAUGAAGCUUCCUGGCCAGCAAGUGUGCGCGCCCGGAACUACAGAACCCAUGGCGCACGGGUGACCGGCAGCCCUCCCCUCGAACCCUGCCUCGAGGAAGUGACAUCACACGGGUCCUACACCUCCUCCUGCUCUCAUAGGCUACUCUCAAUGGGUACGUUUAUUACUUGGAAGUUAUUCUGCAUUCUUAUGCAACUCCCAUUACUCACUCUCAGUCUGGCGCACGCACGCACCUACACACACACACACACACAGAGCUGCCUCAGGAAAGAAUGGUUUUGUCCGCGGUCCCGGUUCGGUCGAGGAGGCUUCUCGUUCCCGGAGAAGCGAGCCGGGGGCCUGACUACAUUCCUCCCCCUCCUGGUCACACUGCGACACUGUCACUGGCCCCAGGGGUUCAUCAAAUCAAGUUCUCAAAGGAGUAUACAGGAAAGGGAGUGCUUUGGACAGGAAGUUGUCAUCUAGACAACUCGCGCGAAAAUAAACGCGACGAUGGCCCAGUGAGUCACCCAUCUGUAUAAACUAUGAUUGUGUUUUCCUUUUUUUUUUUUUUUUGUUUUUUGUUUUUUUGUUUUUUUGUUUUGUGUUAAUUUUAUUUUUUUUAUUUGGGGGUGAUUCCUCAGCUGCUUUCAGAGGCCGGGACUUUGCUGCCUCCAGUACAGCGCACAAUUUCUCUCGUUUCUCUCACCUGGAAUAGAUGCAUACACCUCCAGUUUUGAAAGACAUUAAAAACCUUGUUUCAAUUUUGUCUGAAUAUCGAGCGAUUUGAAAAAGAAAAUAAACCAACAUUUAUUAAU